AUUUACAUACGUAUAUGUAUAGAACAUGUUCUGCAAAUCAGUAUAUACACCAAAAGACUCGUGUUUCCUUCUGCAACACAUACACCUCCCUCUCCAAUGGAAAAUCAAUGGAUCCCAGUUAUCGGUCCUUCCUACUGCGCGCCUUAUCCUCUCCAACUACAAAUCAAUACAGAGAAAGGUAACACUUACGACAUAAAAGGUGACCGUGUCUUUCAUGUUCAAGAUACUUUUUUCACACUUCACCACCGUCGUGUCUUGUGCGAUAACAGUGGAAACCCCAUCGUCACUCUAUACAAGGAGCAUAUGACAAUGCACGGGCGAUGCAAUGUUUUCCGGGGUAAAAGCAGUGAUCCCUCUCAGCUUGUCUUUUCGGUGAAGAGAUCGUCAAUGAGUAGUCUGAUUAAAUUAGAAGUGUUCCUCGCUAACAACAAAAAAGAAAGUCACUGUGAUUUUAGGGUCAUCGUUGGUCAAGCUAAAAGCUCAUGCACUGUUUAUGUCGGUGAAUCUAGUAACGUAGCUGCCGCGAUGGUUAACAAUGGUGGCUUCCAUGUAUGGGUCAACCGCUACGUGGACUACGCAUUCGUAGUGGCACUACUUUUGAUUCUUCACGACAUGAAUGAUUAUGCUGACUUGAAGAAUUUGGCCAUAGAAAUAGGGAAGGCAGUUGUAUUGUCUGAUCUUUCCAAUUAAAGGAGCUUCCAAAUAAUUUUACUUACGUUAAUUAUGAAACUAAAUUGAAUCUUGUACUUCGAGCAGAAUGGACAGGGUUUGGUGUGUUCAUUUUUAGUGCAUGUUUGGUUUCAUAUUA